AUGGUGCGUGCAGGACCUCGCGUACUUACAGAGGAGAUUCCUGAAAAGUUGGAAGAGUUCUGUGGCGAGCUCGACUUGCAUCGCCCUUUGGGUGGCCCAUUAUGGUGGAACUCUCUGCUAUGGACCAACUAUCCGCCUCUGGCAAUGUUCAGCGACAAGACCUUCCAAGAGGGCAAAAGAUCAGAUUUCUUCGCCAGCCUGUCAGCGCUAAACACCGACAGCAGGCUGAGCGAACAAUACGUCACGUUUACGGCAGCUCGACAUGACUUGUGCACAUCGCGGCCCAUACCCGAGAAAAACUGCCGUCUCACUGUUGAGUGCAUGCAAUAUGAGGGCGUUCGCGACUGUACGUGGAACUUCCCCCUGCAAGACUACAUUCCAAAACGUGACAAUCACAACGUGCCGGACGUUCAGGCCCGCAGAUUCUGGGACAACAACGUUGUCCACAUGGGCCUAAAUGCAGAGGAGUUCUCUCAGAAAAUCAUGCCGGUGGGUGACAUUGAGGCGGAGAUUCGCAUAGCCGACUUUGCUGGCAAUCCCACCUGGGGCUACUACCCCUGUGUUCUGCGUAUCGCUGGCUGGCCCUUCCGGAUCCGGAAAAUCGGAACCUUUGAGGGCUACGGGAAGAAUGGCCACCAUGAGCUGAACAUUGGUCUUCACUAUUUCGAGCAGGACAAGCUCUGGAACCUCUUGGAAGGUCCUGCAAGCUUGGCGGCCACCGGGCCUGACCAAUCCAUGGCGCUGCAGGGAAACCAACGACGCGGCUUCAAGUUCUACGCCAUGCUGACAGACCUGGACUGGCUGGGGCCCAACCUGAACCACAAGAAGUAUGAUGAUCCAGAGGUGCCGCAGGAGAAGGGCUACGUCUGGUUCACCGUAGAGGAAACGGUAGAGGCUCGUGCAACCUCACCUGUCGCAAUAGGCAAGGCUGUCCGUAUCAAGCUGCUGGACGAGGGCAUCGUUCCAGCUUGGCUUGAUCUUCAUUACUUGCAGGUAUUUGCUGGUGGAAUCCCUUUGGGAUUCUUCAGCCAGGCAGAUGUGGACCCGGAAUCUGAGGGUGCAGCUUUCGACGGACCUCAAAGCUUUGCUCUCGGUGGAGGCGGAAGCUCUCUUGGCAAGGUGCAGGUGCUUCGCACAUCUUCAGCUCGCCGCGUGGUCGCCCAAAAUUCUUGCAGCCGCCUGGUCUUCAAGGACCCCAUGGAAGCUCAGGCCAACGAUGUCGUGGACAUGGGUUGGGCAAUCUUCGACUGCUGCUACAAAGGUGCGACGAUGCGCGUGGGGAAGCAUGCAGGCAAGUGGUCCGAAGAUCCUGGAGCAGACCGGGGCAUGGUGGAUUUCAAGGCCUCUGGCCCGCCACCUUUAUGCCACGGAGAGUACAAGGACAAGGUGACCAUCCAGGCGCCCCGUUCUGACCACCUCUUCGAGCGGCGCUUGGUGAAGUGA